AUUCUCGCUUUCUUCUUGCCUCCAUCCUCGUUUCGCGCUUUUCGACAGCGCGUUAAGCAUUCAAAUCAAUGAGUAUUCAAGGCUCUGACGACCAGCCGCAAUCAUCAUCCCAAACAGCUACAAAAGCGUAUGGAUCUACUAGAAACAUACCAGCCUGCCCAGGCGAGGACGUGCAAUCUAACAGUCCUCACGGUGCUCUCCCCGUCCCACCAAUAGAUAAGAUACAUGUGGAUUCGCAUGGACGUCUCCAUCGAGGGCUGUCCGCUCGGCAGGUCCAGAUGAUCGCA